AUGUCUCUCCCCACUGUCGAGGAGGUGCAGUCCGUCAUCCUCCAGACGCUCGCCGCGUCGCCAGAGGGCGCCAUCCCCGACUCGCGCGUCCUUGCCGUCGGCGGCGCCUCGCUGUCCGCCCCCGAGGGCCAGGCUGUCGUCAAAGCCGCUCUCGACUCGCUGCUUAGCAAGGAGAUGAUUGCGUACCAGCAGAUUACUGCCAACCAGUACCUUCCCACCGAGGAGGGUAACCAGAUUAUUGCGUCCGGCUCGGCCGAGUACCGCCUGUGGUCUGCCCUCCCCGUCAAGGGCGCCGGCGAGCCCGUGACCAUCCCCGAGCUGCAGAAGCUGCUCGGUGCCGACGCCUGCAAGGUCGGCCAGGCGCGUGCGUUCCGCAACAAGUGGAUUUCCAAGGAGGGCGGCAACGCGUUUGUGCGCGCCAAGGAGGCUGUCGAGGACGAGACUGCUGAGCAGCUGCGGACGGUGUCGAGCACGGGCACGCACGCUGGCGGCGACGCGGUGCUCAAGGAGCUGGUGAAGCGCAAGCUUGUGACUGCGCGCAAGCUCCUGCACUACACUGUGCAGAAGGGUGCCAAGUUUGCGACCGAGGUCAAGACGCUCGAGACGGACCUCACGGUGGACAUGCUUGCCAACGGCGCGUGGAAGGAGGCCGAGUUCAAGCAGUACAACUUUGCGGCCAUGGGCGAGCCGACCAACGGCGGCGCAUUGCAUCCCCUCCUCAAGGUGCGCGAAGAGUUCCGCCAGAUCUUCUUUGACAUGGGCUUUUCCGAGAUGCCGACCAACAACUUUGUCGAGUCUGCGUUCUGGAACUUUGACGCCAUGUUCGUGCCGCAGCAGCACCCUGCGCGCGAGAUGCAGGACACGUUCUACGUCAAGGACCCCGUCCAGGCCGGCAAGCCCGACGAGGAGUACUUCCAGCGCGUGUCCAAGACGCACGAGGUCGGCGGCUACGGCUCGAUCGGCUACCGCGCGCCGUUCUCGCGCAUCGAGUCGGAGAAGCUGCUCCUGCGCACGCACACCACCGCCGUCUCGACCCAGAUGCUGUACAACAUUGCCAACCAGCCCGGCGGCUUCAAGCCCGCCAAGCUCUACUCUAUCGACCGUGUGUUCCGUAACGAGGCCACGGACGCGACCCACCUCGCAGAGUUCCACCAGGUGGAGGGUGUCGUUGCCGACUAUGACAUUACGCUCGGCCACCUCAUCGGUUUCAUGAAGGAGUUCUUCGCCAAGACGGGCAACCACAAGCUGCGCUUCAAGCCCGCGUUCAACCCGUACACCGAGCCGUCGAUGGAGAUCUUUUCGUGGCACGAGGGUCUCGGCAAGUGGAUCGAGAUUGCCAACUCGGGUGUCUUCCGCCCCGAAAUGCUCGAGCCCAUGGGCCUGCCAAAGGGCGUCCGCGUCCUCGGAUGGGGCAUGUCGCUCGAGCGCCCCACCAUGAUCAAGUACAAGAUCCAGGACAUUCGUACCCUCGUCGGACACAAGACCGACCUCGCCGGCGUCAAGACCGCCGCCGCCGUCCGCCUCGAGAAGGGUGACGAGUAG